ACUGACGUUGGGCUGUUUGUUUGCACUUAUCCAGUUCCCUUCAUAGUAAAAUGCGGAACGUAGGAAGUCCACGGUAUAUCGCUGUUGACAUGAGUUCCUUAAAAGUUAAAUUAAACAUUAAUUUGUGAAGGAAAGAAAAGAACUAUUCAAUAAUCUGUAAUCAUGUCAACAUUAAGGUUGCCUGCAAGAAGCAGUCUAAAGCUUAUUGGUCUUUGUCGAAAAGCUUCUGAAAUGAAACAAACAGUAAAACAGUUUCAUAUAUCCAGUUCACAGAAUAUUAUAUGUGAUCAAAAAUAUCUGUGCCCUCACAACACUGAGACACUGACAGUACGGCAGUUUCAUAUUUCUGUGUCAAAGAGUAAACAUGAUUUAAAAACCCUCGAUACUCAGAAUACUCUGACAAUACGGUCAUCUGAGCUGUUUGAUGAAAUUGUCAAGAUGAGAGCAGCAGAUAUGAUUGCGUUUCAGAAGGCUAUCAAGAUGUACAUAUCUAAAGAAAGUUUGUACAGGAGAGGUCAUGUGGAGUUCAUAUACGCUGCCUUGUCGCGCAUGAAAGAGUUUGGUUGUCAUCGAAAUGUGGAAAUGUACAAAAAAAUCCUGGAGGUGUUUCCAGAAAAGAGGAUGAUACCGAAAGGUCCCUGGCAGGUGGAGAUGAUGCAUUUCCCCCGACAACAACAGUGUGCAAUAGAUCUCAUGGAACAGAUGGAAGAUAAUGGUGUGAUUCCGGACCAUGAUUUUGGUACAAUUCUGAGAAUCAUCUUUGGACCUGAUGCCCAUGCUUUCCGAAAGUACCGGCGGAUGAUGUACUGGAUGCCAAAGUUCAAGAAUGCCAACCCGUACCCUGUUCCUUGGGAAUUACCAGACGAUUCAAUAAUGUUAGCCAUGCUAGCUUUAAAACGGAUGGCAGUUGACCGUGAGAACCAGAUAAAGGUCUGGAAAACCAUGGAAGUGGAGACGGAUCCAGUGGAAGUCACGUUCAUAGCAUCAGCACAGAGCCCCACCCAGAAGUCCCUGCUGAAACAGCACCCCGUGAAAACCCCCCUGUUUGUGGAGGGAGGUUACAACGUGUGGCUGAGAGAUAAAUACUUGACGUACUUCGUACUGCGCGCUGACCCCAUGCCUUCCAAACACGUUCCCGUCAAAGACGAUGAUGAAGAUCUGUUUAACUGGACUCUGUUUGAGAGCGAGGAGUCGACGGACAUCGUCCCACGACCGAGUGUCCACGAGCAGGACGAUGGCACGGUGUUAGCGAUGUGCAUUACCGGCACCGCCUCCAAGGAUUCGCUCGUCACCUGGGUGCGGUACCUCCAGACCGAGAACCCCACCCUCGAACACACGCCCAUUGUCUUCUCUCUCAGGUCCCCAGAAUCACAAGUACUACUUCUGGAGAAAGAGAAGCCGAAAGGAGUCACCAUCGGGUGAUCAGUUCAAGACUUGUAGAAAUAUAUUAUUAUAUUGUGUGGCAGGAAACCCACCCUUGAAGACAUGCCCAUCGUCUUCUCUCUCAGGUCCCCAGAAUCACAAAUACUACAAUGUACUUCUGGAGAAAGAGAAGCCGAAAGGAGUCACCAUCGGGUGAUCAGUUCAAGACUUGUAGAAAUAUAUUAUUAUAUUGUGUGGCAGGAUGUUGUAUUUCUGUGGUGUAUAAUAAAACAAAAAUGUAUGUAAAUAUCAA